AUGCCUACGGAAUCGUCUGCUGCAUAUGAUGGACUAGAGCCGCGGUUUUCACUACCACCUACCACUCCGCGCUCCAGCAAAUCCUGCCUUGUCGUAGGUGGCGUUCAGAUCUACCUGUACGGACUCGAGGAUUUGGAUGACUUGCCUAGCGAUGAUAUAGCUGUCUUAUAUCUUGCUCAUAACCGAACAAGAACGUACCUCGUCACUGAGGGCAUUGCUCAUGAGAUCUUGCACAUUUACAGAACGGAUCGGAGACGGAAAAGGAUGCCCAUGAUUGCGGUGACAAUGAACAUGAGAAACCAUGGUGAUCGAGAGAUCGAUCAACGAGCGAAUCAGACUUGGUCGGAUGGUAAUAAGAAUCACGGAAUAGAUUUGAUGUCCAUGAUAUCAGGCUCUGCUCAGGACUUCAAGCUCAUCCUGGACUAUUUGCCAGCAUAUUUGCCUCGAUUUCGCAACUUUCACAAUAUCAUGUUAGGUGUAUCACUGGGAGGCCAUACAGCCUGGCGCAUGGCCUCAGUAGCACCCCGCCAAUUUGAAGCAUUUGCAAUCGUGGUCGGCUGCCCCAAUCUAACCUCUCUUCUUCUCUCCCGACUCGGCCUCAAUGCAGUCGCUUUUGGGGUCGAUCAAGACGAGCUUGACAAGGUCCCGUAUGAUGAGCUAGAGAAAGUCAUGAGUGAGGAGCAGAGACGAAGGUGGCCAAGGGCUCUCGCGGAAUUGGUGAGAGAAGGUGACAGGAUGGCCAGAGAUGAGUUCCCCAGGACGGUUCCGUUGCUAAUGUGCAAUGGCAAGCAUGAUGCGCUUGUGCCAACAAGCUUUUCUGAGUCAUGGCUCACGAGGAGGAAGAUGGCGAUGAAUGGGGAGUUUGCGGCAAAAAGCAAGGCGAGGAUUUUCAUACAGGAUAACACGGGCCAUAGCUGUACCAAGGAGAUGGUGGCAAUGAUUGCGGACUGGAUCGGGGAUCUAUAUAAGCAGUAA